UCACCAUGCGACAGUCAUCUGUGUCAAAUUAAAAGUCUUGCACAAUAUACCCUCAUUCGUGCUUAUUGAGCGCAUAUAAUUUGGUCAUGACAUGAGUGAUGUAAUUUGAAAAUGUGUUGACAAAAGCAUUUUCUGCGCAUUUCUUACAUAUAUGCGUCGAAGACCUACAGCUGAGACAAGCUCUCGGGUUGACGAAUGCCAAAACCUGAUUUAAGCAGUGCCUCAAAGACUCCAUGUCUUUCUUGGACUGCUCCUGCAUCUCCCACACUCAGGUCCAGCCCAUGGACAUAGAGGAGUGCUAUGAGGACACCAGUCAGCAUCUCUUGGGCUCUGCGAGCACCCCUCAAUACCCGACAGUGGGAUGUGGGGACGACAUCGCAGCAUUGUCAGCAGAGCCUGCCCAUUACCAGUUCCUCGUUGAGCUGGGGUGGGGCUUCAACAACCUGAGCCAGGUGCACAUGGCACGCCACACUCCAACUGGGCAGCUGGUGGCGGUAAAACAAACCAACCUGGAUGAGUGCACAGAGGAGGAGCUGCUACAGCUCCUGAAUGAGGUUUUCCUGUCCAGGCGGAUCCGUCACCCAAACCUGCUGACGUUCCGACUUGUCUUCAGCUCUUGCUGCCAGCUGUGGGUCCUCACGCCACUCAUGGCCUACGGUUCUGCACACUUUCUAAUGAAAACAUAUUUCCCUGAUGGAAUGAGCGAGUCCUUAAUAGCGUACUUGCUACAUGGCGUGUUGCAGGCGUUGGAGUACCUGCACCGCAUGGGCUACGUUCACCGGGGUGUGAAGGCCAGUCACAUCCUGUUAUCAGAAGAGGGGCGUGUCUACCUGUCAGGACUCCACGGUGUUUACAGCAUGAUGCGUGAAGGGAAGAGGAUGAGGGCGGUGUUCGACAUGCCCCGCCACAGUCCCGCCCUGGUGCCUUGGCUCAGCCCCGAACUACUGCAACAGGAUCUCCAUGGUUAUGGUGUGAAGUCUGAUAUCUACAGCUUGGGUAUUGCAGCGUGCGAGUUGGUGAGCGGCAGGGUACCUUUCCAGGACAUGGCACCCACUCAGACUCUGCUCCUGAAGCUGCGUGGAUUGCACCGCUGCCUGCCGGACACCGCUCUCUUCCCGCUCAGUGAGCUGGGGGGACUGAAGGUGUCCCGGUCCGGGGUGGACUCUGGCAUGGGAGAGAGCGCGGCCACCGGAAGCGCGAGUCACAGCACCACCGCCCCUCCGCCCGCCACAGAAGGACUUCGGAGUCCCGGACCGAAAAACCACUCGGCCACCUUGCACAAUUUGGUGCAACUGUGUCUGCAGCAGCAACCUGAGCGCAGACCGUCAGCCUCUGCCCUCAUGACCCACGCCUUCUUCAAACAGGUGAGGAGGCAGACCAGAGACUCCUUCCUCAGCCUUGUUUACCCAGCGGUGGCGCUCACCAGCUCAGAAGUGCGGCUUUUAUCCUGCCCCCCGACCCCAUCCUGCCACGCUCAAACUGCAGCCAUGGCUGAGGUGUCGUGGGAUUUCUCAUGAAAGACAACUCAUUCUACAAUUUGUCAUCUGCUGUGUUAAAAGAACAGAAAAGGAAACGUAUGAGCAGUUGUUCAAACUGACAUAUAUUACAUACUCUGUACCUCUUGUGACAUAAACACUAAGAAAUUGUGCUUUGGGUUCGAGAUGCUGUUUGUGUUACUUAAUAUUAGGACAAAAUAGUAUCCUGCAGUGGAUAUAAAAAGUCUACACACCCCUGUUCCAAUGCCAGGUUUUUGUGAUAUACAAAAAAUUAGACUAAGAAAUAAUUUCCAAACUUUUUACACCAUGAAUGUGGCUUACUGAAUCAGAACGAAAACAAAAAAAGUGGUUGCAAAACUGCGCACACCCACUUAUAACUUGAGAUGUGGCUCUUUUCAGAAUCAUAAAUCACAUCCAAUUCAUGUUCAUUUGGAGUCAGCACACACCUGCCACCAUUUAACAAGUGCAUCCGAUUAAUGCCAAAUACAUUUGGAUUUGAUUUUUGUUCGAUUUCAUUGGAGACUCCCCUAUAUAUGCUCUCUAUAGGGAAAAAGCUUAACAUAGCUUGUCACAAAACUGCAAUCGAUUGUCACCAAAAUGUAUGCAGACAUCUCUACUCUACAAAUAGCAGAAUGAUUGCCCCAAUAUUUUGGAUUUUAUGGAGGUUAAAGCCUUUUCCUCAUUAUAGAGGCCUGUGCCAGCGUCUGUGCUCCGGCGGCUGACUGCUAAUGAAACUUCAGGAUGUUGCCAAUUUGAGAGUUUGACAGCAAAAGAAAAGAAUAUAUAGGUGGGCAACACCUGCAACUGCACCUGCAGGCAACAAGCACCACGACUGCCGCAUAUGACUCGUUUUUCUUCAAUUAUAAUGGUUUGAUAAUUGUGUGAGGCCAAAAUUGUAAUCACUAUUAAAAUUCGACUAAUUGCACAACCCGUACAUUAAAAGUGAAAACGGUUUUGUCUGAAUUGCGAGCUGUUAUUGAGCCUGUGUCUGCAUUAAUAAAUUACACGUGGAAACCUGUCUCUCUCUCUCUCUGUAAGCAAUCAAUUAAUAUUAACUUUCCAUCUCCUUCUUUAAAUAACAAUACACAAUAUAUGUUAUGCGUUUAUUUAAAGAAUAUGUAUACUGCAUAUAGUCCAAUGUAAGAGACUUCCAUGUGAAUUGGUUGUCACGUCAUCCUGCAAGCAACAUUUUGGUGUCACGGGUCCCACAGUCGCAGCGACUCCGCCAGUGAGAUUGGCCCUUUAAGGCCCCCUUUUCCGUCUCAAGAAAAAAAAGCUCCAUAGCAUGGCUGCCCCCGCCAUGCUUCACUUUGAAUUGUGGCAGGUGUGUGCCGACUCCCAUUUAACAUGAGUUUGAAUGUGAUUGGUUAAUUCUGAACACAGCCACGUCCCAGUUUAGAGGGUGUGCACACUUGUGCAACCACAUUAUGUCAGUUUAUUUAUUUUAUUUCCCCUCCCGAAAAGAUUUUUUUUUUUUCAGUUUAGUUAUAGAUAGUAUAGGUCACAUUACUGGUGGAAUGUUUUGAAAUAAUUUAUCAUGAUCUUUUUUCUAUCACAAAAGCCUAGUAGUAUUUGAGCAGCUGUGUCUAGACUUUUUUUCUAUCCACUGUCAAUGAAAGCAAAUUAAAACUACAGCGUACUCAUGCAAAACUUGGAAAGGGAGUUGAGCGAGCGAAAAGAAAACAAUUCUGGACAAUCUAAUAGCAUUCAAAUAGAUGGCUCAAAUAUCAUCUCUAUUUCCCUCCAUGUUGUAUCUUUAUGAAUCGCUCAGCAUUCACAGCAAAUUACAAUUCAGAAUUGUUGAAGUGAUAAAACGAUGGAGGUGUCCUACCUCAUUUGAAAUGGCCUUUGUGAACUAAAGGGGGCAGUGCACACAAACAGAGAAAAGGCAACAUCCUGCUCAAUCUAAGUGACCUCUGUGUUGUGUGUCUUAUUUACUGUACAAAGAGUAGAUCAGCGAUGUUUCCUGCCCUAUCAGAAGCCAAAGAAGAAAUAUAGCAGUGAGUGAGUCAUGAAGCACGAUUGGCUUCACGUGGAGACCUCUGUGUAACUGUGAUUUAUGUGCAGUGAUGUAAAUGACAUGUCAAAGAUGAGAAUAGACACAUUAAACUAAUAUGCAAGUUGA